CAAUGGUGUGAACUGAGAGAGAUAGAGCUGGGUGGAGGUGUGUAAGAGGGAGAGAGAGAGAGGCGAUCCGCCAGUGUAAAGAGAGAGAGAGAGCUGAAUGUCUGGUUUUUCCUCGUUAGAAAUCCGAAAUCGUGACAGCGGAGAGUCGUAGAAAAUCACCGGGGUCGUGUCCGCUCGGAUAAUUCUACAUAUUCAUCCUUUCUUUUUGGAGGGAGAGAGAGAGAGAGAGAGAGAGUCGUCUUUCUGAGGUCACACAUCCCCGAGGUUAUUAUGAGCCGCCCGGAGCCGCGCCGCCGCGUCGCUGUCCAGGGUCCUGAGUGAGGCGGAACCGGGCGAACCCACGGAUCGGGACUGAACACCCGUGAGUUGAAACACUUAGAGGCCAUGGAGUUGAGGGUGGGGAACAAGUACCGCCUCGGGAGGAAGAUAGGAAGCGGAUCCUUCGGAGAUAUUUACCUCGGUUCCAACAUCGCUACAGGAGAGGAAGUGGCCAUCAAACUGGAAUGUGUGAAGACCAAACAUCCACAGCUCCACAUUGAGAGCAAGUUCUACAAGAUGAUGCAGGGCGGAGUGGGAAUCCCGUCCAUUAAGUGGUGCGGAGCCGAAGGCGACUACAACGUCAUGGUCAUGGAGCUGCUCGGCCCGAGCCUGGAGGACCUGUUCAACUUCUGCUCCCGCAAGUUCAGUCUGAAGACAGUGCUGCUGCUGGCCGACCAGAUGAUCAGUAGGAUUGAAUACAUCCACUCCAAGAACUUCAUCCACAGAGACGUGAAGCCCGAUAACUUCCUGAUGGGGCUCGGCAAGAAGGGUAACCUGGUCUACAUCAUCGACUUCGGCUUGGCCAAGAAGUACCGCGACGCCCGGACGCACCAGCACAUCCCCUACCGCGAGAACAAGAACCUCACCGGCACCGCCCGCUACGCCUCCAUCAACACCCACCUGGGCAUCGAGCAGUCGAGACGAGAUGACCUGGAGUCUCUGGGCUACGUUCUCAUGUACUUCAACCUGGGCUCUCUGCCCUGGCAGGGGCUCAAGGCUGCCACCAAGAGGCAGAAGUAUGAGCGCAUCAGCGAGAAGAAAAUGUCCACCCCCAUUGAGGUGCUCUGCAAGGGAUACCCCUCUGAGUUCUCAACUUACCUGAAUCUGUGCCGCUCGCUGCGAUUCGACGACAAGCCAGACUACUCCUACCUGAGGCAGCUCUUCAGGAACCUCUUCCAUCGGCAGGGCUUCUCCUACGACUACGUCUUUGACUGGAACAUGCUGAAGUUUGGGGCCAGCCGGACUGCAGAGGAUGGAGAGAGGGAGAGGAGGGAGGGAAAAGAAGGGGAGGAGCGUGCAGGAGGAGGCCAGAGAGGAGCUGGAGGGCGAGCUCUGCCGUCUGGUCCGAACCCGUCGGCAGCGAACAGAGUCCGGAACGAGACAGACGCUGCUGCCCCGUCCAAUCCGGCGACGCGUGUCGUGCAGCAGUCUGGCAACCGCUCGCCUCAGGCGGGGAGAGCAGAACGAGCCGAGCGAGAGAGGAAGGUGGCCAUGAGGCUCCAUCGCGGGGCCCCGGCCAACGUCUCCUCCUCUGACCUCACUGCACGCCUCGACCAAUCACGCAUCACUGCAUCGCAGGUCAGUGUGCCAUUUGAACAUCUGGCAAAGUGAGGUCAUCCUGGCUGGUCUGCAGGUCAGCGACAGCCGCAGGGUAUCAAAUGUACCCCUUACUUUUCAAACGGAUGAAUGAAACAUGAAUGAGUGGAGGAGCAAGAGGAGGAGGAGGCGUUACGGGGACAAGGACGACCCGUGUGUGUGUCAGUGCUGUUUGAGCGUGCCAGCAAUACGCUGACAUGACGAUGACUCUUGGCUGGAACUGCUUCUUUGUGGUGCGGCUGGAGGAAAAGACCGGAUGAGACAACACACAGGUCCCCCCUCUUCUUCACUCACAUUCACCUGCCCAUCGACUCAGAGGCUCAAACUGCAAAAACUAAAAAGAAACAUCAAAGUGCACAAAAUGGACAAAAUUUCAAUUAUUCUGUGGUUUACAUGAAAAAAAUAGAAAUCUGCUAUCAACCUGCUAAUGUUUGAGAGCGACAUCUGCUGCUUACGGUGACUAUUCUUGACUAUUAAUGAAUAUAUACACAACUACGGAGAGGAAAACAAACAUAAAGUGUAUCUAGGCCUUUAAAUGACAAGAGAAUGCUAAAACAUGGACGCAGGAGGAGAUGAGACGGAGGGGACAACUGAAUCUGGAGCAAGGCUGCUUUUCGUCAGUGAAUGUCGCUGUCUGUCCGUGUCUGUGUGUUAUUGUCUUCAGUAUUCAUCUUCAGCUUUCCUUUAAAGAGUCGGAGUAAAGGAGGGACAGUUCAAAGCUUGUCUUAACGGAGGCGAGACUGACGAGGAACAGAUGAUGUAUGAAUGUAGAAGAAAAAGAGCGAGAAGAGGAAUAAGACGGCUUUGAGCUGAGGACAGGACGAAGGGACGGUCUCCAGGAUUGUUCGAUGGGACGAUGCCUCAGUCCUGCUUGUAACUCCGGGCGAUGAGAAGACGUUGUAAGAUUUUGGUGCCCAACAUCUCUGGUGUUACAUUUGUAUUUUCCAUUUUACGUUUGCAUUUUUCUUGUUUUAUAAAACCUGUAAAAAGAUGUAGAUACCUUUUGGCAGAAUGUGACAGAUUGUGAAAAGAUGAGGCUGGAGAGAAGAGUACUGUUUACCUCCUGAGAGCCCUGGAGCCAAGUGUGAAACAAUUACCUUUGGAGUCCGCCACAAGUGUGUUUGUGUGUGUCUGUCUGUGUGUGUUUUGGUUUCCAUUGUGGCAAGACAAUGACAGUAAGGUUGUCGCUAAUAUUUUGGCCCAGACCUGUCAGGACAGACAGACGUCACCGAGGGGAAAGGAGCUGACUGAUGUCCUGUACAUUUCUUUACCAUGCUUCAACUUUAUUACUAUGAUAUUUGUGUAUAUUUUCUGAAUCAAUAAAAAAAUAUAUACACAGCCUAUAGAGACUCACGAUUGUAUGUUUCACUUGAUGUUGACAUUUGAAUGUCUCCGCCGAGGACGGUUUAGGUUUUGCUAGGUUUAGGUUGUUUGUAUUCAAGAUUACAGAAAAAACAGCCGAACAGUUUUCCACAAAACUUGGUGGAAGGAUGCGAUAUGGGUCAGAGAGCAAUCCAUUAAAUUUGUAUGCGGCUCCGGAUUGCAAGAUUUUCAACAUUCUCACCAUUUUGCCAUUUAAUUCAAAGGGACUUUUUGGUCUUGGUGAAGGUAUGUGCCAGCACUUUUGUUGUUUUCUUAUGAUUUUUAUUUGAGAAUGUUAUCCAACUUUAACCCUAUUGAUUAAAUGUUGACUUUUUCCUCUUUCCCGUUGUUCUCUAAGCAUAAAAAACAUUUAAUAAAUAGAACAGAGUCCUAACCAUCAUGAUGAGU